AACAGAGGAAGCAACAUGAGGAUUGGGAUUAUUUCGUCAUGUUCGAUAGCAAGCUUGUUAUUGUUUACAGCUUGGAUCGAUAUAGCAGAAUCUCUAUUCAAUAAUGCUUUAAAUGUGCCAAAACCACAAUACAUUGAACGAAAAAUCCGAAUACCAUUGCGUGGAUAUAGAAUAAACAACAGCAGAAAAACUAAUAUAGUCAGUGCUAAUAUAGCUAAUAUUGACUCUACCAUAGGAUCACAAACUAACUCACAGUUUAAUCCGUCCGUUGGUAAAUCUCUUCCUACUUACAGGAAGGUAUCUUAUCCUAGCAAUAAUAUUCUACAGCUUCUUAGAGAGGCACAAAAGAAUGGUAAUACAAUAAGAUCAAAAGGAGGCCGAUAUCUAGUUCCAAUUCUUCAAUCAAAAUUACAUUCUACUGUUCAACAACAUACUAAUAUUUUCGGACUACCUAAAGAGUUACAAAGUUUACAACAAUUGCCGAUAAUUCAUAUACGUGAAAUCAACGCUCCGUCUAUAAUUAGAUCAAAGGUGCCGAAAAUUCACCAUACUGUUGUAUUAGCAAAAAAUGCAAAUGUCCUGUCUCAUAUAGGAAAACAGCAUAAUGGUCCAGCAUACACUCAAAAUUCUCAAGGAGUUAAGCCGAUUGGGCAAGGCAAUCGACCAGCAAGUGGUGGAAACAAACCAGGUAACCAAGGUAGUAACCCUGUGCAAGGAGCUCAAAAUAAACCGGCACAAGGAUCACCCAAAAGCUUGCAGAAUUUUGUGAAAGAUGUUAUGGUUAACAGUGGCAAUACAUUACAAGUUAACAAAGAUACAGGCAACACAAAAGUUAAUAGUACAAUACAUAAAACAGAUGUUAAAAAUAAUAUUAACAACAUUCAUAUUACGAACUAUUACUCUGGCGCAGGUAAUGCAACUUCGCAAGGUGGUGCUAAACCUUUAGGCCGAAGAAGACAACCAAAUGCGCAAGGACAUCUACCUCAAAGUCAGCAGCCUGGAGGUGGACACGGACAUGGACAACAGCCUGGUGGCGGACACGGACAUGGGCAACAGCCUGGUGGCGGACACGGACAUGGGCAACAACCAGGUGGUGGACACGGACAUGGACAACAGCCUGGUGGCGGACACGGACAUGGACAACAACCUGGUGGUGGACAGGGACAAGGGCAGCAACCUGGUGGUGGACAUGGACAAUAUCCUGGUGGAGGUCAUGGCCAACAACCUGGUGGUGGACAUGGGCAGCAGCCUGGUGCUGGACACGGACAACAACCCGGUCAGCGUAACCCCCAAACUACAGCGUCUCCCGGAACCCAAAUUCAUCUAAAUGUAGUGAAUAACAUGCCGGUGAGCAAUGCAGUAUCGAAUAAAAAUCAUCGAGCAGAGUUUAGUCCGUCUAGUGUUGGUAUGAACCCCAAAUUUGCCACUGGUUUCCAUGGUACAAAUAAUGGUCACAAAAACAAUGCUUCUCAGAAUCCUGGACCUAUAACACUUGGAGCAGGGAGCAACAGUCAAGGACCUAAACCAGGAAUGAGACAGCCAGGUGGUAAUCCGGCAUAUCCAGGAGGUGCACUGCCUCUUGGACGAAGCCGACCAGGACAAGGAGGUGCACUUCCAAUGGGAAGAAACCGACCAGGACAGGGAGGUGCACUGCCAAUGGGACGAAACCGACCAGGACAGGGAGGAAACCCAGGAAUGGGAUAUCAGCCUGGUGGUAACCCAAUGUAUCCAGGAGGUGCUCUGCCUAGUGGAAGAAAUCGACCAGGAAUGGGUGGUUCUCCCUUUUUGGGAGGUACUCUACCUGGUAGUAUGAACCCACCAGGCCUUGCUUCUAGGUAUCCGGGAAGUCCACUUCCGAACAGAAGAAAUCGUGGACCUCAACAAGGUAACCAGCCUAGAAGCAUGCCAUAUCCAUUUAACGGACAAAUGUUUAGAAAUACACCAUCACAAACAAAUGCUGCACCAGGGCCUGGUCCUCAAGGGAACCCUAUGGGAGGUCAACCAGGAAUGCCUGGAGGUGGACAUGGACAGCAGCCAGGAGGAGGACAUGGACAACAACCUGGAGGUGGACAUGGACAGCAACCUGGUGGCGGACAUGGACAGCAGCCUGGAGGAGGACAUGGGCAACAACCUGGUGGUGGACAUGGUCAGCAACCUGGUGGCGGACAUGGACAGCAGCCUGGAGGAGGACAUGGGCAACAACCUGGUGGUGGGCAUGGUCAGCAACCUGGUGGUGGACAUGGACAACAGCCCAGUGGAGGACAUGGACAACAACCUGGAGGACAUGGACAACAACCUGGAGGACAUGGACAACAGCCUGGAGGAGGACAUGGACAACAACCUGGAGGUGGACAUGGACAGCAGCCUGGAGGAGGACAUGGGCAACAACCAGGUGGUGGACAUGGACAGCAGCCUGGAGGUGGACACGGACAGCAACCUGGAGGAGGACAUGGGCAACAACCUGGUGGUGGACAUGGUCAACAGCCUAGAGGUGGUCAUGGACAGCAACCUGGAGGAGGACAUGGGCAACAACCUGGUGGUGGACAUGGACAACAGCCUGGAGGUGGACAAGGACAGCAACCUGGUGGUGGACACGGACCACAACCUGGCGGUGGACACGGACAACAGCCUGGUGGUGGACACGGACAACAACCUGGACAGGGACCAUCUUAUCGUCCUGCUAACCAAGGACAGCAACCACAAGGUAAUCCUCCACCACCAGCAGUUACUAUUCAUAUCCAUAACAGCGGUAAUCAACCAGGAGGACAACAAAGACAACCCGGGGGUGGACCUGGGCAGCAACCUGGUGGUGGACAGGGUCAACAACCAGGUGGAAAUCCAGCAUAUCAAGGAGGUGCAUUGCCUAUUGGAAGAAACCGACCAGGACAGGGAGGUCAACAACCUGGUGGCGGACAAGGACAACAUCCUGGUGGUGGACACGGACCUCAACCUGGUGGUGGACACGGACAACAACCUGGUGGUGGACACGGUCAACAACCUGGUGGCGGACACGGACAACAACCGGGUGCUGGACAUGGUCAACAACCUGGUGGUGGACACGGUCAGCAACCUGGUGGUGGACAUGGACAACAACCUGGCGGUGGACGCGGACCACAACCUGGUGGUGGACACGGACAACCUGGCGGUGGACACGGACCACAACGUGGCGGUGGACACGGUCAACAGCCUGGUGGUGGACACGGACAACAACCUGGCGGUGGACAUAGUCAGCAACCAGGCGGUGGACACGGACAACAACCUGGUGGUGGACACGGACAACAACUUGGUGGUGGUCAUGGACAACAGCCUGGUGGUGGACACGGACAACAACCUGGUGGUGGUCAUGGACAACAGCCUGGUGGAGGACAUGGACAACAACCCGGUGGUGGACACGGACAGCAACCUGGUGGCGGACAUGGACAGCAUCCUGGUGGCGGACAUGGGCAACAACCUAGUUUCAAUCCGGCAUAUCCAGGGCAGGGUGGUGCAAUGCCUGGUGGUGGACAGGGAGGUACAAUGCCUGGUGGUGGACAUGGACAACCUGGUGUUGGACAUGGGCAACCUGGUGGUGGACAUAGACAACCUGGUGGUGGACCUGGACAACAGCCCGGUGGAGGACAAGGACAGCAGCCCGGAGGGGGACAUGGACCACAACCUGGUGGUGGACACGGGCAACAGCCUGGUGGAAAUCCGGUAUAUCCAGGAGGUGCACUCCCUAUGGGAAGAAACAUACCAGGACAGGGAGGUGCAAUGCCUGGUGGUGGACAAGGACAACAACCUGGAGGCGGACCAGGGCAACAACCUGGUGGUGGUCCUGGACAACAGCCUGGUGGAGCUCAACCAAAACCCCCAAAUGGAAACGUACUUAUACAUUUAACUAUUAAUUCUGUUGGAAGUGGCCCAAAACCCGGUGGUCCGGGAGCUGCCCCAGGAGGCCAAGGAGCUGUUUUACCAGGAAGUAGAACAAGACAACCUGGUGGUCAUGGCGCUGCAUUACCAGGAGGUCAAAUGGGACACGGACCAGGUAUGGGAGGACAAGGACAUGGUGGUCAACAACCAGGUAUGGGAGGUCAAGGACAUGGUGGUCAACAACCAGGCGCAGGAGGGCAUGGGCACGGUGGUCAACAACCAGGUAUGGGAGGUCAAGGACUUGGUGGUCAACAACCAGGUGCGGGAGGACAUGGACACGGUGGUCAUCAACCAGGAAUGGGAGGUCAAGGACAUGGUGGUCAACAACCAGGUAUGGGAGGUCAAGGACAUGGUGGUCAACAACCAGGUAUGGGAGGUCCAGGACACGGUGGUCAACAACCAGGUGCUGGAGGACAUGGACAUGUUGGUCAACAACCAGGUAUUGGAGGUCAAGGACAUGGUGGUCAACAACCAGGUAUGGGAGGUCAAGGACAUGGUGGUCAACAACCAGGAAUGGGAGGUCAAGGACAUGGUGGUCAACAACCAGGAAUUGGAGGUCAAGGACACGGUGGUCAACAACCAGGUGCUGGAGGACCAGGACAUGGUGGUCAACAACCAGGUAUGGGAGGUCAAGGACAUGGUGGUCAACAACCAGGAAUUGGAGGUCAAGGACACGGUGGUCAACAACCAGGUGCUGGAGGACCGGGACAUGGUGGUCAACAACCAGGUAUGGGAGGUCAAGGUCAUGGUGGUCAACAACCAGGAAUGGGAGGUCAAGGACAUGGUGGUCAACAACCAGGUAUGGGAGGUCAUGGACACGGUGGUCAACAUCCUGGUAUGGGAGGUCAAGGUCAUGGAGGUCCUCAACCAGGUAUGGGAGGUCAAGGACAUGGUGGUCAACAGCCGGGUGUCGGAGGCCAAGGACAUGGAGGUCAACAACCUGGUAUGGCCGGUCAAGGACACGCUGGUCAACAACCAGGUUUAGGAGGUCAAGGUGGUCAACAACCUGGGCGUGGAGGCCAAGGACACGGAGCAGGUCAACCUGGACAGCAGGGUCCCGGUGGUCAUGGAACACCCACAGGACUUGGUUCAUUCCUUUCACAAGGAAACAUGUCUCCUGGACAAGGAUUUCAGUUAUUGGGCGUGUCCAAUCCAAACACUCAGGGAAUACCGCCACCUCCUCCAAAUGCACCUACCAACACUCAACAAUUGUUGAAUAAUUUAAAAAUAUCUCAUCGACAAUUAUUAGAUUUAAUGCAACGUAAUCCUGGUGGCCCAAGCCAACAUGGUAUGGGAAAUGCAGCACAACAAACACCUGGUCAUAUGGUGAAGUGGAACCCUCCAACAGGCGGUCGUAUAUAAGCCAUCAUCAUUUGUGUAAGGAGUUGUCAUGAACUGGUCAAGUAUAUGACGGAAUAAAGAAUAUAAAGUUAA